AUGGACACGACAACAACAACAACAACAACGACUAGUACGACGUCCACUACAAGUAAUAGUAAUAAUAACAAUAACAAUAGUAAUACUUCUCCAAUAAUUGUAAAUACUUUAAAUACAGGAGAAGGAGAAAAGAAAAAGUUGUAUAACAAUCAUCAAAAGAAAGAAAGAAACAUUAACAACAACAACAGACAAGUUAAAAGUAGCGAAUCAUAUUACAAGACUGAAAUGGAUCCAACAACAUUGGAAGUAUUUGUUUAUCAAAAUUUAGAUAAUGGUAGUAGUUCACCGUCAUCUACAUCUACUACAUCGACGACAACUACAGCAACAUCUAAUCAUAGAAAUACUAAAAAAGAAAGUGGUAGUCUUACCUGGCAACAAGAAGCAAUGUUGAAUACUUCAUCGUCUUCAUCAAAUUCACCAUCUUCAAGAUUAAAUCCAAACGCACCUUCAUAUCAACCAAAACAAAGUAAUAAUAGUAAUAAUAAUAAUAAUAAUAAUAAUAGUACUGGUAGUGCAUCUGCAUCUGCAUCUGAAACAUCAACAACCUCUACCUCUUCAACAACAAACGAAUCAUCAAGAGGUAGGGGAAGAGGAGGAAGAAAACCACAACAACAACAACAACAACAACAACAACAACAAUCUUUAUCACCAACUUUAUCAUCAUCUCAACCUGCAACAACUGAAAAGAAAGAAAAGAAACAAUCAUCACCCAAAGAAAAUAAUAAUAAUAAUAAUAAUAAUAAUAAUAAUAAUAAUAAUAAUAAUAAUAAUAAUAAUAAUAAUAAUAAUAAUAAUAAAUCCGAUGAAAAAAAGGAUAAUAGAAAUAAAAGACAACAACAACCAAAACAACAACAACAAAAAGAUCCAAAGAAUAAUAAUAGAAACAAUAAUAAUAACUCUAAUAACUCUACUACUACCAAGACGACAUUGGUUGAACCAAAGAUAAAUAAUACAUUACAAAGAAAAGCAAAUGAAAGUAAAUUAAAAUUUAAAUUUGAAGAAAAUAAGAAUGAAGAUUAUACACCAUUGGCAAUUCAGAUUAUAGGUAAAAUUUCAAAAGGAGCAUAUGAAUGUAUGGUUUGUUAUGAUACUAUUAAACAUAGUGCAAUGGUUUGGAAUUGUCCAUCAUGUUUUACCAUGUUUCAUAUUGGUUGUGUCAAGGCUUGGUUGACCAAAUCGACAUCGACCGAUGGCAAGUGGAAGUGUCCUGGAUGUAGACACGUGUCGACUGAACGUCCACAUAGUGUCUGUUUUUGUGGCAAGGUUGAUGAUCCCUCGUACAACCCCUUUUUACUGCCACACAGUUGCGGUGAUGUGUGUGGAAAGUUGCGUGCCAAGUCCAAGUGUCCUCAUAAAUGCGCGUUGCUUUGUCAUCCAGGUCCAUGUCUUCCAUGCUCUGCACUGGGUGAGGAAAAGGAUUGUCAUUGUGGUCGUAGCAAGUAUCGUCUGUUGUGUGGUGAGCCAGAUCCAUUGGGACGUAGUUGUGGAGCCACUUGCGAGCUUCCACUUGCCUGUGGUAACCAUACCUGUGCCAGUAACUGCCACAAGGGCGCCUGUGCUCCCUGUCAAGUGACUGAACAACAAAAAUGCUAUUGUGGCAAACAACAAGAUGUCGCAAGACCAUGUGGUAGUGGAGAAUUGGAUGACGAAACAACACAUGGAUCAUUCACUUGUAAUGAUGUGUGCGACCGGUUAUUACUUUGUGGAAACCAUAAAUGUACCAAAAAGUGUCAUUCAGGUCCAUGUGAUGAAUGUGACUUGUUACCGCAACGUAUUACCACCUGUGCUUGUACACAAACAACUUUGACCGAAUUGAAUGUUGUUCGUCUAGAUUGUAGUGUACCAUUGGCAAUAUGCUCCAAGACUUGUUCCAAAACACUUGUCUGUGGAGUACAUCAAUGUCCAGAUAAAUGUCAUACAGGUCCUUGUGCACCAUGCAAGGUACGUGUAAAGACCACAUGUAGAUGUGGUGGAUCGAAAGAGAAUCGUCAGUGUGGAGUGAUUCAGGCAAAUUUGGCAGCACCCGAUAUCCAAGCACCAUUCCUCUGCGGUACCAAGUGUCGUGCCAUGAAAUCGUGUAGCAAACACGAGUGUGGACGCAAGUGUUGUCCAUCGACUGCCAACUCUGAUGCACUAGGCCUACACAUUUGUACCAUUGUCUGUGGACGUGCUCUCAAAUGCGGUGUACACCGUUGCGAGCAACUCUGUCACAUUGGCAAAUGCUACCCAUGCAUGUCCAACUCUUAUGAAGAAAUGUCAUGUCGUUGUGGCAAGACUGUUGUCCUACCACCCAUCCCAUGUGGGUCACGUGGCCCUAUCUGCAACCACCCAUGUCGUGAACGUCGUGAAUGUGGACAUGAACGUGAAGAAAUGGCUCAACACCCAUGUCACUUUGGACCUUGCCCUCCAUGCCCGGUACUCGUCGAAAAGAUGUGUAGUGGUGGCCAUGAAAUGCGUAAAAACAUCAAAUGUCACACGACCGAUGUCUCUUGCGGCAAACCAUGUGGCAAAACACUCCCCUGUCUCUCUCACAAGUGUCCACGUACCUGUCAUCUUGGUCCAUGUCUCCCCAACAAGGUAGUCACUGAAGAUGACGUACUCAAUGGUAUUUCCUGUGGUUACCCAUGUGAACAACCUCUCUCUACCUGUUCUCAUGGUUGUCAAAUCCCAUGUCACCCCGGUGAAUCUUGUCCACAACAAGUAUGCAAACAAAAAACUAAAAUCUAUUGUCCAUGUGCCAGAAGAUGUGUUGAAACUGUUUGUAUUCCAAAAGGUUCAGAUGCUCAUUCUCGUGAAUUGGAAUGUGAUGAAAUUUGUGAAAAAGAAAAAAGAGAUAAAUUAUUUUUAUCUUUAAAAACUGAUGCAGAACCAAUUCCAGAUGAAGAUAUAACAUCAUCAAAAAUUAAAAUUGAUAAUUUAAAUUUAAUGUUUAAAUCUUCACCAAGAUCAAUUAAAAGAAUUGAAAAUUUAUUUAAUGAUUUUAUAAAUUCAAAUAAUUUAAAACUUUCAAUAAUUUAUAAUGAUAUAACAAAUUAUAACUUUUUAAUUCAAAUGACAAGAUUUUAUAAUUUAAAGGUACGUGAUAGAAGACAUCAAAAUUUAAUGGAAUUGUACAAGAGUAGAGCAAGUAUGAUACCUGUACCAUUAUUGUCAGAACAAAACAGUUUUGCUUUACUUUCUAGUGUAUCCAAGAAUACACAAAGUUAUGCUAGUGCAUCGGUCAAUAGUUCAAUUGUAGAGGAACAAUUACAAGAAUCUCGUUCACUCUACUUUUACAAUCUCAAUCCAAUGAUUAAAUCUGAUCACAUUAAUCAAUUGCUUCAAGAAUUUAAUGGUCGUUAUCAAUUACUUUGGAUUGAUGAUUUUAAUUGUCUUGCCGUAUUUGAUGAUCUUUCUCAUUUCACUUUGGCAAGCAAUAUCAAAACUACUCUCUUUUCAUUCCAAAUUUACAAAGAUGAUCCUUCUAAAAUUGAAGUUACUACUAGUACCAAUAUUUCUACUCCUCCUCCAACAAGUUCAAUUCAAUUUAAAUCUCCUUCUUAUAUUUCAGAUUUCUUUUUAAAUAAUCGUUUUUCUUAUUUGGAUCCAAAUAUCAAUAACGGUAAUCAAAAUCAAAAGAAAAAGGAAAUAAUACAACCAAAAUCAAUUGAAAUUCAACAACAAGAACAACAAAAAGAAGAAGAUGAAAAAGUUGCAAGACAAAUUACUUUAUCAAUUGAACAUAUUUUAUCACCUUUGAAUGAAAAUCAAAAUAUCAAUAAUAAUCAAAAUCAAAAUAAUCAAAAUAAUCAAAAUAAUAAUGAUAAUCAUAAUAUAAAUAAUAAUGGUGAUUCUAAAACUGAAGAUUGGGAUAAUUAA